UUUGUUGUCAUCUCCUUUUCUGGUUCGUCGUCGGUUAAAGAUGAAGGUUGUUGCGCUGCUCCUCGUGCUGGCCCUGUGCGUCGCAUUCCGGCCGUGCUCCGCGCAAGUGUUUACUCCGUGCCCCAAUGAAGUUUCAGCCAAGUGCCCUGCCAUCGAUGGGGUCUUCCCGACCUUCUUCGCGCAUCCCGACGACUGCUCCAAAGGCUGCGAGUGCUCCAAGGGCACGGCGUUGGAGAUCCAGUGCCAGCAAGGCCUCCUGUGGGACGAUACAGUCAGCGUCUGCAAUUGGGCGUAUCAGGUCGACUGUGGAACCCGCCCUCUGCCACCUUAAGGAGAUCAAAAGUUUUUAAUUAUGUUCCUCUUCCUCCGCGUGUCUUCCAACGAAAUACAAAUAUUUUAUAUCCAA